UAAUAAUAAUAACAGACAUUUCAUGUUUUAUACUUUAUUUUAGGCCUUUUUAUACCGUAUGUAUCGAAACGCAAGAGUUGCGCUUCGAACUUUGAUACUAAUAAAAAAUACGGUUUACGAUCGUAUAAUCUUUCAAGAAUGGAUCCGAAAUUAGUGCACACCAAAGAAAACCCGAAAGAAAAUGCGAAUCUAGUAAACAAACUGUUUUUCUGGUGGACGAAAGAAUUAUUUUGGAAAGGAUUUCACAAACAGUUGACGUUAUCGGAUCUCUAUCGUCCAUUAAGAGUAGAUGAAUCUGAAAGACUUGGCAAUCGUCUGGAAGGGUACUGGAAAGAAGAACUGAAGAAACUGAACAAACAGAAUAAUAAUAAUAAUAAUAAGAAGAAGAAAAAUGAACCUCGCUUGGAAAAAGCUCUGUUUCGUGCCUUUUGGUCGGAGCACCUUUACAUGGGUCUGUUAAUGUUUUUUCAGUACGGGGUCCUCACUAUAUUGCAUCCACUUCUUCAGUCUUUGAUCAUUAGUUACUUCAAAGUUGAGAACGAGAUAAAAGAGACCACCGAAUCAGACGCUUUAAUUUAUGCAGGUUGCUUGAUAAUCUGUAUAACAGUAAUCGUCUUCGUCCAGCAUCAUAGCGACAUGAUGGCAUUACAAAUAGGCAUGAAACUUCGCGUUGCAUGCUCCUCGUUGAUUUACAGAAAAGUAUUAAGACUGAGUAAAGGAGCCUUGAUUCAGACUACCCCGGGUCAAAUUGUGAAUUUUCUUAGUAACGAUGUUAGCCGUUUUGAUGAGCUCAGUUUUUAUUUAAAUUUUAUUUGGAUCACGCCACUUCAAAUCAUUAUUAUCGCCGCAAUAAUAUGGCAAAAGAUUGGAAUCUUGACUAUUGUCACAAUCGGCUCUUUAAUGUUAAUAAUACUUCCAAUUCAUUCUAUCUUCAUCAAGCUUUCAGGCAAGAUGCGAAGAAUGAUAGCUGUUCUGACAGAUAAGAGGAUACAACUGAUGAAUGAACUAAUAACUGGUAUACAGGUGGUAAAGAUGUACGCCUGGGAGGAACCAUUUGCGAAGAUCGUGGCAGAUAUAAGAGCUGCCGAGAUGAAGAAAAUCAAGUUUACCUCAUACGUUCGAGCUAUGUAUUAUGGCUUCUCGCUGUUCACCACUCGUACCGUACUGUUUUUUACUCUUCUAUCGUUUAUCUUGACGGGAAACGAUUUAAGCGCGGAGAUAACAUACAUGUUGUCUACCUACUUUGAGAUUUUUCAACUCUCAGCUGCUCAUUUCUUUCCAAAUGCACUUAUACUGACUACCGAAACUAUGAUAUCUAUCAAAAGAUUAGAGAAAUUUCUACUAUUAGAGGAGCAAUCAAAGGAGGAAAGUUCAUCGCUUCUCGAUACCGAACAGAACAGCUUCUUAAAGUUUAAAGAAGUAAAAGAGAAAGUGGAAUUUAUCAGAAUGAUCGACGCAAACCGAAAGAAAGUGGCAAGUUCAAACGAAAGCAAAGAACGCGGAUCUGUCUCCAUAGUGCUGGAACGUGUUUCAGCAAAUUGGAUUGCGAAACAAUUGCCACCGUCUAUAUGCAACGUCUCGAUCAAGAUUCAGAGUGGGCAAUUGUGUGCGCUGAUAGGUCCAGUGGGUUCAGGUAAAUCCUCUCUUCUUUAUUUACUUUUGAACGAACUUCCUGUCGGAGCUGGAAGUUUGAAAAUGCACUGUAAACCAUUGGAACAGAAUAUUGGGCAGAAUAACCAAGGUCAGAUCGUCGAGACUUCAAAUUUAAGAAUCUCUUACGCUAGUCAAGAACCAUGGCUAUUUUCUGGAACUAUCAGGGAAAAUAUCCUCUUUGGGCAACCUUAUGACAAAGCUAGAUACAUUGCUGUGACAAAGGCUUGCGCUUUGACCAGGGACUUUAAACAGUUUCCUCAGGGUGACACGAGUAACGUUGGCGAAGGAGGUAGCUCGUUAUCCGGUGGACAAAGGGCACGAGUGAAUCUGGCCCGUGCCGUUUAUAAACGAGCCGAUCUUUACUUAUUCGAUGAUCCUUUAAGCGCAGUGGAUGCACGCGUAGCGAAACAUCUUUUUCAUAAAUGCAUCGAAAAAUACCUUUACGGGAAAACGAGGAUUUUGGUUACUCAUCAACUGCAAUUUGUCAAACAGGCUGAUAUUAUCGUGGUAUUAGAUAAAGGUUCCGUAAAAAUGCAAGGGUCAUACGAGGAAUUGUCAAAAUCAAACCAAGACUUUAACGAGAUGAUGAAUCGUAUCAAAUUGGAAGCGAAAAAACAAGAAAUUGAAAAUUCCGAUGCUGUGGUGAAAAAUGGACCGAGUAAUAAAAUAAGCUGCAGAGUUUCUGUAACGUCGAAUGCCAGCAGCGUGGUUUCCUAUGACUACGAAGAUGAACGAUUCGAAGAAAAAGGUGAAUCAGAGGCAAUAGCAAGCGGUUACGUUGCCAAUAAAGUCUACAAAGAAUACUUUCAUCACGGUGGCUCUUAUUAUAUGUUGUUCGCGUUGCUUUUCAUUAUCAUCGUGUCCGAAACAGCUACCUGUGGCAACGAUUACUGGGUCUCUUAUUGGACAAACCUGGAAACUGUGAGAAGACUGGUGACGAAUAAAACAGAUUCAGUGAACAACACUGGAUACAAUUAUAUGUUUAACAAUAAAUUCUUAUCUAGUAUGUUCACCUUGGAUGACAAUGGACUCUUACCCACCGACGGUGCUAUCUAUCUAUAUACAUUUUGCAUCAUUUCUUGCAUCGUAACCGUAUUAGUACGAAAUCUGUUCUUUAUGAAAAUCUGCACCGAUGCUGGCAAAAAUCUCCACAACUCUAUGUUUUCCAAUGUACUCAGAGCAAUGAUGUCCUUUUUCCAUAACAAUACAUCUGGUAGAAUCUUGAAUAGAUUUUCCAAGGACGUGGGCGCGAUGGAUGAGUUACUACCGAAGACCAUGUUGGAGACCCUUCAAAUAUUAAUCGUGAUAUUCGGUGUCCUCUUGAUGAUACUUGUAGUCAAUUAUUGGAUGAUCAUUCCAUUGGUUAUAUUAUUUCUCCUAUUUUAUCAUUUGAGAUUGCUGUACCUGAAAACUGCACAGAAUGUGAAACGUCUCGAAGCUGUAGCAAAGAGUCCAAUGUUCUCUCACGUAAACGCUACGCUAACCGGUUUAACGACCAUCAGAACCAGUGGAUCAGACAUCGUAGAUCUUUUGCGAAAGCAGUUUGAUGAUUUACAAGAUGUACACACAGGUGUAUGGUACAUGACGCUCGCAGUUUCUGCAGUUUUUGGUCUGUUACUCGACUUGGCCGCCUGUUUUUUCAUCGGAUGUGUCUGCUUUUCCUUCAUCCUCUUUAACACAGGUGAUACUUUGGGAGGCGACGUUGGUCUAGCGAUAUCGCAGUCUAUGAUUUUGAUUGGCCUGUUGCAGUAUGGCGUGAAACAAAGUAGCAAUAUGGUCUUACAAAUUACCGCGGUGGAAAGAAUUUUACAGUAUACUGAUUUACCGAAAGAACCUCCUUGGAAGAGCGACGAUCCUCCGCCAGCUGACUGGCCAAACCAUGGAAAAGUGGUUUUAAGGAAUAUCACCUUGAAAUACAACCCGAAAAAUUCAACUCCUGUUUUGAAGAAUCUGAACGUAACCAUAGAGGCUGGAUGGAAAGUAGGCGUGGUGGGCCGAACAGGCGCAGGAAAAUCUUCUCUAAUAUCGGCGUUGUUCCGUUUGUUCGACGAAGGCUUGGAAGGAGAGAUCAUGAUCGACGGAAGAGACACUAAGACACUGGGUCUGCACGAACUACGUUCGCGGCUAUCUAUCAUCCCUCAGCAACCCUUUUUAUUCUCUGACAGCUUGCGUUACAAUUUGGACCCGUUUCAUUCGUACGAUGACACGUUACUGUGGGAGAGCCUUCGACAGGUUGAGUUGAACGAUCAUCUUUUGGAUCAGAAGGUAACGCAGAGUGGAAGCAAUUUGAGCAUCGGUCAGAGGCAAUUGAUUUGCUUAGCUAGGGCGAUUCUAAGGAAUAAUCGGAUCCUGGUAUUGGACGAAGCCACUGCCAAUAUCGACUCUCGCACGGACGCUCUCAUUCAAAACACCAUACGCACGAGGUUCGCAAAUUGCACAGUGAUCACGGUUGCCCAUCGUUUACUUACAAUCAUCGACAGCGAUAAGAUCAUAGUGAUGGAUGAUGGUCGUAUAGCGGAAUUUGGCUGCGCUCACGAGUUGCUGCGCGACAAACCUACAGGAAUCUUCUCGCAGAUGGUGAACAAUACUAAUGCGACGAUGGCACAAACUCUUCGGUCUGAAGCGGAAAAGGUUUAUCUGAAAAUCACCGGGCAAUCGUCCCGUCGAACCUCCGGUGAAACAGACGCGUCAGAUACUAUUAUGCAAAGCGAACUUUAAAAAAAUAUUAAAAACACUUUGAAAGAUUUAUUUCUUGGAAAAAAAUGAAAAAUUGCUAAUUACCGAGAACAUGGAAUGUUUGCAAAUACAUAAAUGAAUAAAGCGGACAUGUUAUCGUAUCGUAUCAUUUAUUAUAAUAUUCCAUUUUUUCGAACCAUUUUGUUUUAAAUAAAUUUUAACAAGUACUUAUGUAAGUAGCAAGUAGGUAAACGGAAACACGUUUGUGGAAGAUGUUUGAUAAUUAUUUUUUCUUAAUGUUUGCUUUGGCAACUAUCUCUACCUUUAAAAUGUAUCGAAAUAAUCGAUCAAGUUUCUCGUUCAUUAUUUCUAAACAAGAGGAGUGACUUUGUGUCACAACACUUACAUCGUAAAAGGCAAUCAAAUCUGCACUCUAUUUUAACUCUCCAUAGCGCAGAUGAUAUCAAUGUUCCUUCCUUUAUACCAUACACCACAUACUUGUGUAUAAAUACAUCAUUAUUUUCGGUCUUUGAAACUUCAAAUAAUACUACUCGCACUAUUAUAAAGUAAUGCAAACACCUGAUGGUUUUUAUGUUAAAAGAAAUGUCUGUUAGGUAUUCAGCAGUGUAUUAGAAGCUCCGUCGCCUAAGGAGGAAGACCACCCACCCUCCGGCCCAGCAGGGUGGUCCCGGGUGUGUUCAUCAGAGGUCCCAGACCACCCACGUAAAAAAAGAAAGGUUUACCAAUGUAUUCAGCUAUGUACGAGUCGACAUCCUUGCAGGGGGUGGUAACUGAGGUAAUUCUGAAUAAUCACUUGAAUCAAAAACUAAGCAUUAACUAGAAUUUUGUUAAAGGAAAAAGUUGUUGAAAAUCAUCUGAGCUAUAGUAACCAGUUUCUCAAAGGAUGCCCAUCCGUAGCCGAACACUCUGGUAAGUACAUGUAGGUACAUACAUAGAAUACAAUUUCAAUUCUUUUCUUGCGUCACUAAAAAUAAAAACGUACCUCUUUUUCGAUACUCUACAACAAUAUGUACUUGUGUAUGUAUAUCGUGUACAUGUCUAGAUUAGAAUGGUUUAGUUAGUAUAAAUCUUCCUCCGCAAAGAUUCUUUGAAUAUUCGUCGCUAGUUACAGUUGAGCUACAUAAUAAUAUAUGGUCUGGAUUAAAAAUAUUCUGAACGUGACAAUCGAAAGUAGGUAACACACAGCCUAAAAGAAACGAGAAUCUGCCACGUUAUUUAUAAUACAAUGAACAAAGAAGAAUCACAGAUAGAUUACAUAUGUAUAUACAAUACAAAUUUCCUACGCGUUUAGUAAUUGAUUUGAAUUGAAAAUAUUGUAAACAUAUCCAUGAAUCACCAAAUGGAAACAUGUGAUACAUGAAAAUCUAUCUCGCAACAAUGCUCUUCACGAUCCUCUUUGCUUUUCUAUACCCAGUCAGUCAUACUCCAGGCCAAACUAAAAUACACAGUAGUUUAAACAUUAAUUUUCCAAUAGCACUUAUAAUACCUAUAAUGUAUAUAGGUUUGUUUUCGCUUUGUUCUUAAUUUUUUUUUUUAUAGAAUUACUACAUGCAUCUUGAGAUUUAUACUUUCAGUCCUUAUAAUGGUGUUUACAAGAAGAAUUUCUCAGAUUUGAAUAAGUUUUUACACACUAAUACUCAUUCGAAUCUAAGAAGGGUACCUGACAAUUUCUGCUUAUUAAAUAUAAUAUUGUAUCCUGUUACUCAAGAUUCAUGUAUCGAUAGAUGUAUAAUAGUUUAAUUAAAAACUAGAUUUGAUUUAUUCACCUUGAAUACGAUCGUUUAAAUACAUGUCAUCUACUUAUAAAUAAUCUAAUAGGCAAACGUAUUCGUCUUUUAAUUUUUCUUCUUUUUUUUUUUUCAUUUUUUUCAUUUUUUUCUUUUUUUCUUUGAACAUUACAAUACCUUGUUGUUCGUGUAACAACAGUUAUAUUUCAAUAACAACACUUAAACAUUAUCAAUGUGCUUUCAUAAUCAUAAAUUAUUACGUUCUGUAUCGUCCAACACACUUUGCGUCACAACUAAUUUUCUUAUUUCUAUGCUUUGUUAGUGCAACUAUUACGCUAUUAUAGUACUAAAUAUUGUAUAACAGCGAUUUUUAUUUAUGAAUAAUCUUAAAUUUUUUUUUUCUUUUUUUCAUUUCUUCAUUUCUUUUACUUUUUAGAAUAUUUUAAGAAGUAUUCUCCCUAACUUUUCUCUACUUUUUUAUACUUUAGUUCCGUUUAUUCAUUUCGUUUAAUUUUCUCUACUAUUUAAGAUUAAAACGAAAUGAAUUUUUUAAAAGUACGUAUUAAUGAAAAAAAAUAAGGAAUAUAAAAUGUAGUAAAUCUAAUGUUAUGGCAUAAAGUAAGAAAUAUGAUUAAACAGAAUUAUGAAUGAAAGAGAGAAAUUGUACAAGAAAAAUGAGAACGACACUGUUAUAUAAUAUUGUACCAUAAAGAAGAAUUGUAAAAAGCUAUCAAUUCUGCAUUUCACCACCAAUUGUGAAAUUUGUACAGUAGCAAAAUUCAAAAUUGGUCGUUUUCUACCGUUACCCUUUUAGCUGAGUCCUGUUUCUAUUCCCUUCAUUUUUCUUAUAAAUUUCUUGUGCGCUGGAACUUGACCUACAAUUGUUCCCUUACAAGUACAGUACUUUUUGCAGUUUUUUAUAUUUAUAAAAAAAAAAAAAAAAAAAAAAAAAAAAAA